CAGAUGGGCGUCUUCGAGUUGAAGAAAUGACAUUAUUAGUUGAUGUGUUUAGGGAAAAGGUAGAACAGACAAGAAGAUUUCAUGAAAGAAUAAGUUGUGUUAUUAAACAGCAAAUGAAUGAUUCCCCUUAUGUAAUGGAUGAAUUAUGGGGGUUUGUAUUAGAAGAAUUACGCGUUGAUUGCGCGGAAGCAUUUGAAAUUGUGAUGGUAUCGAGAAGUGUAAACAAUACCAAAAAUAAUUGUUAUGAAGAAAUAAGAGAAGAUAAAGUUUGAAAAAAUUGUUAAAAUUAAAAAA